UAAUUGUACAUACUAUAUUUUAAUUACAGCCUAUUGGAAAAUAUUUUGAAUUAACACCUGGCAAUCAAGAGAAAAUGCCAGAAAGUGCUUGGAAGUUUUUAUAUUAUUUUCCUGCCUGGACUGCUAUAGUCUACAUUGUUCAGUUGAAAGGUAGUUAUGCUUUAUUUCAGAAGCCAAGUACUGUUUGGGAUGAUUGGAAUCUUGAUUCACCAUUGCCAUUUGAUUUUUAUGUUGUAUAUAUGAUAGUGUGCAGCUUUUAUGUGCACUCCUUAUAUGCUACAAUCUUUGAAGAUGUAUGGCGAAGAGAUUCAUCAAUGAUGGUUGCACAUCAUAUUCUAACUUUAAUAUUACUUGCACUCUCAUAUAGUUUAAGAUGUCACAAAAUUGGUCUUCUAGUUCUUAUUUUCCAUGAUAUAAGUGAUAUACAAUUGGAAUUUACGAAACUUGUAGUUUAUUUUAAGAUACAAAAUGGAAAAUUUAUUAUGGCAUAUGAAAUAGUAGCCAAUGUUAUGUUUUGUGUAUUUGCAGUUACAUGGUAUGUUAGCCGUCUCUAUUGGUUUCCAUUGAAAGCGUUAUAUGCUGCAAGUAGUAUUUUGAUGCAAAGGAAUAUUCCAUUACCAUUUGGAUUUACCAUGAAUGUUUUAUUAUGGAUUCUCCUUGUGAUGAACAUAUACUGGUUUUGGUUUAUUUUGGGAUUCAUUUGGCGUGUUGUAACAGGACAAAUGAAAGAAGUUGAUGACACACGGGAAUAUGAUGUUAUUGAAAGGAACAAUCAGCAAUCUGAUAAUGCAACAAGUGUUCAUGGAAAAAAUAAAAUUUUACAUAAUGGCAUUUCAAAUAUCAAUGACACACUUGCAAAUAAAGAAGAAUCAAAUGGUACUGAGAUAUUGAAUGGUGAAAAUCCACAUUCAGAUUGUCAUCAAACAAGAUUAAGAAGAUAGCUUAAAGUGAAUGAACUUAUGAUCAAAAUAUAUGUAAGAAUGAAGAAUAUCUCAUUCCACAGUAACAAUUCUUAAAAGGAAAAGAAAAGUCUUUUUGAAAUAAUGCUAGGAUUGAAUUGUUGCAUGAAAAAUAUAAUUGGUUGUUAAUUUUAGUUGUGGUAAGGAGACAAUUUAUAUUGCACUUUAUCUCAUCAGCUGAUAUGAUUUCACUUUUAGUUAUUAUAUUGCUGUGAUGUAUUACUUAUAUGCUCAAAUUAUUAUUUUUUUAAAUCUUAUAAGCAUCAUUCAACUUCAUAAAUGUAUUCAGAAUAAUUUUGCAUAUUUAAACAUUUCCAUGUCUUUAAUUAAUUAGUUGGGAUGAAAUUAUUUAUAGAUAUGGUAUUUUAUCUGUUUAAUAUUGUAUCCAUUCAUUAAGAUAUUUUUCUAAUUAGUUAAAUUUUGUUAUUUAAGCAUAAAAUUUUAAAAAACUGGUUUAUAAAAAUUAAUCUUGCAUUAAGUCUAUAUAAUCCUAAGGAAUUAACCGUGGUAAAUUAAAAUCUUUCAUUUUAAAUAGUCUGUAACAAUAAUUAACAAUGCUUAUAGUUUUAUUUUCAUAUGAAAGUGUUACAUUUUAUAAGUGAUAUAUUUAGAGAAACAUGCACUCUGAUAUAAGGUUUUGUAUGAAAUGGGUGCUAUUUCUAUUGUUUGACAAUAAAUUUUAUCAUUCCAGUAUUGCUUCUAUAUACAUUCAGUCAAAAGAUUAUUGGUGAUAAUUAUUUUUUUUAGAAUUGAUUUGUACAAUGGUAUAAAUAAUUUGGACAAAUGUUAAAAUGUUUGAAAACAAAUUUCAGAAGUUUUGUCUCAAUUCAUAGCUUUAAUUCUUAGCACAAUAAUGGCACUUGUUAUUUGAUCUGGCUGUUUUUUGCAGUGAAUGAAAGAUCACAUUUAAUAUUGUGUUUGAACAAUGAUAAAAAUCAUUGAAUGUUUAUAUAUCAACCUUUCUUCUGAAUGAUGAUUAUCUUUGAGUUGAUUUAAAAUGUCAGUUAUACAUAUAUAUUCUUUUCUUAUCAUUAGUCUCAUUAAAGUGAUUUUCUUAAACUAAUUAUUAAUAUUAUAUGUGAAAACUGCUUUAAAUAAAAUGUUUAUAACAAUAUUAAUCUAUAAUUAUUCUAAAUUUUGAUAUAUUCAAUGGGUAAAUUUUUAUAUUUUGAGUC